AUGAAGAGCAGCUUGAUCCCUGCGGCCGACGAGGAGGAGGGGGCGGCCUUGGUGCCGCCUCCAGCAGCCGGCGCGGCCCCGUGCAAGGUUGUCGACGACGACAACACUGCUCUGGGUGUAGAGCGGCAGUCUUCGUCAUCCUCCUCUUCACCAGCAAGAACGAAGAAAACGUGGUGGUGGACGGCGCUUGUGUCGCCGACCAGGGGCGCCGUCGGGAUGGUCAUCGGCGGCCUCGUGGUGCUGGCGAUGCUCGUCGGCACCACAUGGAUCGACCUGGACGCUUCCUUCCUGCCGGGCAACAGCCACGGCAGCAUCAGCCGGCGUGGGCGACAUCCUCCUCGCCGCCACCGCUCAUCACCGCUCGUGCCCAUACCAUUCAGCUGCGGCAAUUCGUCCUCCACGCCACAAUGCCGGCACGGCAUGCCACCACCGUCCCCAACGCCCGAACAGCCCACGGCGCCGCCGCCGUCGUGCCCCGACUACUUCCGGCACAUCCACUCUGACCUCGAGCGGUGGCGCGUCUCCGGGAUCACGAGGGAGGCGGUGGAGCGCGCGCAGCCGAAGGCUGCAUUCCGGCUGACUGUGGUGUCCGGCCGCGCGUACGUGGAGACGUACCACCGUGCGUUCCAGACGCGGGACGUGUUCACGCAGUGGGGCAUCCUGCAGCUGCUCGCCCGCUACCCCGGCCGCGUCCCGGACGUCGACGUCAUGUUCAACCUGGAGGACAUGCCGGAGUUCCGCGCCGCCGACUACCCGGACCCUGCGACCGCGCCGCCGCUCUUCCGUUACUGCAAGGACGGUUCCUCGCUCGAGGUCCUGUGGCCUGACUGGUCCUUCUGGGGCUGGUCCGAGGUGAACAUCCGCCCGUGGGCGCCGCUCGUCGAGGAGGUCGGCGAGGAGAACACGCGCCUCCCGUGGCAGGACCGGGAGCCCUACGCGUUCUGGAAGGGGAACCCGUACGUGUCGGAGGCGCGCCGCGACCUCUUCCGGUGCAACAACGACUCCGCCGCCGGCAAGGAGUGGAACGCGCGGCUGUUCAAGCAGGACUGGGACGCCGCUAUCCGGAACGGGUUCAAGGACUCCAACCUGGCGAAGCAGUGCCGGUACAGGUACAUGAUCUACGUGCAGGGCCGGUCGUGGUCGGUGAGCGAGAAGUACAUCCUCGCCUGCGACUCGCCUAUGCUGGCCAUCGACACGCCGUUCAGGGACUUCUUCUCCCGAGGGCUCGUCGCCGGCAAGCACUACUGGCCCAUCGACCCCGCCAACAAGUGCCGCGCCGUCAAGUUCGCCGUCGACUGGGGGAACUCGCACCCGGCGCAGGCGAGGCGGAUCGGCCAGGAGGGAAGCGGGUUCGCCAGGGAGGAGAUGAGCAUUGACUACGUGUACGACUACAUGCUGCACGUGCUCAAGCAGUACGCCGCCCUGCUCCGGUAUACGCCCACCGUGCCGGAGAAGGCCGUGGAGCUCUGCCCCGAGUCCAUGGCAUGCCCCGCCCAAGGUCGGGACAGGGAGUUUAUGAUGCAGUCCAGGGAGAGGUACGUCGCCACCUAUGAGCCCUGCACGUUGCCGCCGCCGUUCACGGCCGAGGAGGUCACGAGGAUGGCCGCCAGAGAAGAGGAUGUGCGAAGGAAAGUAGCCAAGAUGGAGGGGAGGUAGAAGCUCAAGCUAAAUAUUAGGUUCACUUUUAGUGGCUCACAUUAGAUUUCACAUUUUUAUAUAAAUUUUAAAGUCCAAAAUGUGGCAGUACAUGUGAGUUUGAGCCCAAGUUAGUGGCAGCUCACUAGGGAGUGAAAAGAGGUGGGAAGUUUAGUCUCACAUUGAAAGUUAUGAAGA